AAAAUAUGUUGGGAGUUUGCAAAACAGAAAACGGUUUGCCAAAUUUCAAGUGACGGGAACAAACGGCUUCCAGGUUUGUCGUUUUCGACGGUGCGUUAAGAAAACGCGCUUGCAUAGAAGCGCGUACCAGACAGCCAUCAUCAAUUUCAUGAAGCAGUUGCUUUUGCUGUAGGCUACACUCCAGUAAUAAAGCACCUCCCCACCUUUCCAGCCCCCACUCCCACUCUCUGUGUCUCUCACGGACGCAGUUCUCCCUUUACUCUCUCAAUUUUCUACUCUCAUCCCAAGAAUCCCUUUUCCAUGUUCUCAUCUCCCAAACUAGAAAGGAAAAGGGAAGACCUAUUUUCUUCUCUGCAUUGUUGCGUUAGAUCUUUGCCGCAUUUCAUGGAUCGACUACAAUCACGCCGACUCUCAUUCCCUUCAUCUUCUCUCUCCUAGGGUUUUUGUUCCGUUUCUUUUACCUUUUUUUUGGAGGGGCGCUUGGCGGCGGAGCAGCUUAGGUUUUAGUUUUGUUUGGUUUAGUUAUGAGGUGUGUCGUUUCGCUCGGAGAGAGCAACGGAGAGUUUGGCUGGCGGCGAAUGGUCCAUCGGAAACUUAGGAAUCUCCAGUGUCUCUCCGACGACUCGCACGUUGUUCGAGUUGGUGUCUGACGAUGGUUGCUGUGGACUCUGGUUCGGCGAGAGAAGAUGCCUGCUUUGACUCUGUUCAUUUUGCUUCUUGUUUACUUACCCAGCUUUCUCUCUUGUUCUUGUUUCGGACUGCAAAUAUUAUUGUCUCCUUUACAACCAGUGCACCAGUUGUCUGCGAUGGAAACAAUCAUUGAUCAUGCUAGGUUGCUUUCAGUGCGUUUGUUAUUUUCUCGAGCAAGAUCACCCCAGGAACAUGUCAAUCCUUCUUUUGGACCGGCUAUUGCUCCUGGACCUUCUCAUAUCCAUCAAGCUCCUUUUGCUAGCCCUAGUAGCCAUGUGGUACCCAGACAUCAUCAUGGUGGUCACCAUCGUCAUCAUCAUGUUAAACCUCGAGAAGCUGCUACACCACCUUUAGAGCAAGGCUGCGAUCAAAUUUGUGUGGAGCCACUUACUGCAACCCCUUUUGGUUCACCUUGUGGUUGUGUGUUCCCUAUGAAAGUCAAACUUCUCCUAACUGUAGCUCCUUAUGCUGUUUUCCCUGUGAUGAAUGAGCUAGAGAUUGAGGUUGCUGCAGGCAUAUAUUUGCAACAAAGUCAAGUAAAAAUAAUGGGUGCAACUGCUGAUACCCAAAAUCAAGGGAGAACAUUGGUUGAGAUUAACUUAGUUCCUCUUGGAGAAAAGUUUGAUAAUACGACAGCAAUGCUUACAUAUGACCGACUUUUUCAUAAAAGAAUAUCUCUGAAUUCAACUCUUUUUGGAACUUAUGAGGUGGUAUCCAUAAGUUAUCCAGGAAUUCCCGCUUCACCUCCAUACAGUAAUUUUCUGGGGAGUGGUCCAACCGGAAGUGCUGCAGAUCUACCAAUCACGGCUAAUUUUGUUAACAAUAACCAAAAGAUGAACAUCAGGAUCAUUGCCAUUAUUGUUUUAUCUGCUUUUGUGCUCUUAUUAGUUUUAGCUGGAGCAAUCACUGUCCUUGUAAAAUGGAGGAAGGUUGGAAGACCAUCCAGUGCUGUUGGUCUGGCAUUUCCCUCCUUGAUAAACAAAAGAUCUGGUAUUGGUUCCAUCUUGUCAAGCAGUAUGGCAAGCUCUACAUCAAUGUCGCUCAUGUCCACCAUGGCUACUUCUGCGCUCUCAAUUAAAACAUUUGCACUUGCGGAGCUUGAGAAGGCGACAGACAAGUUUAGUUCAAAGAGGAUUCUUGGUGAAGGAGGAUUUGGACGUGUAUAUGGUGGUGUCAUGGAAGAUGGAAGUGAGGUAGCUGUUAAGUUGCUUACAAGAGAAAGUCAGAAUAGGGACCGUGAAUUUAUUGCAGAAGUGGAGAUGCUGAGCCGAUUGCACCACCGUAAUCUUGUGAAACUUGUUGGUAUAUGUAUUGAAGGGCGCAUACGCUGUUUGGUGUAUGAACUUGUUCCAAAUGGAAGUGUGGAAUCACACUUGCAUGGUGUCGAUAAAGAUGAAAGACCUCUUGAUUGGGAUGCACGCCUGAAGAUUGCCCUUGGAGCAGCUAGAGGAUUGGCUUAUCUUCAUGAAGAUUCAAACCCUCGAGUGAUUCACCGAGAUUUUAAGGCUAGCAAUGUUCUAUUAGAAAAUGACUUCACCCCGAAGGUAUCAGAUUUUGGUUUAGCAAGGGAAGCAACUGAAGGAAGCCAGCACAUUUCUACCAGGGUUAUGGGAACUUUUGGGUAUGUUGCUCCUGAAUAUGCUAUGACUGGGCACCUACUUGUUAAGAGUGAUGUUUACAGUUUUGGGGUUGUGCUUCUUGAGCUUUUGACUGGUCGAAAACCUGUGGAUAUGUCCCAACCUCAGGGACAGGAAAAUCUAGUAACUUGGACUCGGCCUCUACUCACCAGUAGAGAAGGUGUAGAACAGUUGGUGGAUCCUUCUUUGGCUGGAACAUAUGAUUUUGAUGACAUGGCUAAGGUGGCAUCCAUUGCUUCCAUGUGUGUUCACCCAGAGGUGACUCAGAGACCUUUUAUGGGUGAAGUUGUGCAGGCUUUGAAGCUGAUAUACAAUGACACGGAUGAAACUGGUGGGGAUUGCUGUAGUCAGAAGGAGUCUUCUGCUCCCCAAUCUGACUUUAAAGGGGAUUUUGCCCCUUCUGAUAGCAGUUGGUGGAAUGCUGGUGGGGUCACCCCCCGCUUAACUUAUGGGCAGGCCUCAUCUUUUAUCACAAUGGAGUAUAGUUCAGGUCCACUUGAAGAGAUGGGAAACCGACCGUUUUCGACUUCAGUUUUGGUUGGAGGUGGAACAUCUUUGCCAAUUAGACAUGGUAACAGGUCAGGUCCCUUGAGAACAGUCCGAAGCAAGCCAAGCUUUUAUAGGCUAAGAGGGAGCAUGAGUGAGCAUGGGGGACUCCUUCCAAGGCAAAACUGGAAUGAUGCCUAUUGGGUUUGAGGUUUUCUUUUCUCAGCUCUUUGUUUUCUUUUUUUGGAAUUGUACAGUUCAAAAGGGUGGGGGGCUUUUUAGUCAGCAUUCGAGGUUCUGGAGUUUCCAUGUUCAUUGAGAAGCAGAGACCCGACCUUGGCAUCCUACUUUUAAAGUCGUGAUGAUGAUUCAUUAGCAUACAAAGAAUGGAGAUGUAAGUUGAAUACUUGCUGUGUUAAGUUUUCCUGUAGUAGUGCAAUGCUGAAAAAGAGGAGGUUGGGUUAUUGUUGUCACCAGAUUGCUCUGCAAGUGCAAACAAAAUGUUCAUGUACUUCUGUAAGUGAAAGCAGUUUUGCAAUCGAAACAGUCAACAGACGAGCAAGGCUCUUUUGUAACCCCCAAAGGGUGAAGGCUUGAUUAUGGUUCUUGAAUUUCCUUCUCCGUAUAGUUUGUGCCAAGAGAUGGCAACCAUUUCAAACCCCUUGCCACGUUCAAGCACGUUGUGGAAAAGAGCCGGUUAUGGUUCUGUUUUGGUUUUGCUGAGCCGAUGCAAAAGGCUUCAACUGCAUACUUUCACCCUUUUUUGUUAUUUGUUUAGAACAUAACGUAUCCAAUUUAUUUUAUAAGCCCCAUAUAGAUGAUCAACGCACUGCUGUGACUGAAACUGUACAAAUUAGGUAGGACCGACUUUUGGAUUGAUGUUGAGGUGCUCGUAUUUGUCUCAAUAGCAACGGUCCAUUGUUCUAAAAGUGGCUACCAAUAAACUGGAAGAGAGAUCACAUUGUUUCAUUUUCCUUUUAGUCCCUGUGGUCGAAAGAGUUAAAAGUGUGAGCAGACAAUUAUGUUAUCUUGAAGGUGCUACGAUUUGUAUAAAAGGCAGUUUGCUCCAAUUAUUUGAGAUCCGAUGAUUUCUUUGGGAGAGAUAAA